AUGGCAUACGAGACUAUUCUACAGAAAUUCCGUGAUUAUUAUCCGGAAGGGACGAAGGAGGAGCUGAAGAAGAAAAUAAACUCACUGCGGACGAGCUUCCGAAAAGAAUUAAAAAAAAUUAAAGACUCAAGCAGAUCUGGAGCAGGAGCAGAUGAAAUUUAUGAGCCGUCACUAUGGUGUUUUGAUGCUCUUUGGUUCCUGAGUGACCAUGAAACACCGGCUUCUUCACGAAGCACAAUACAAUCGACUGAAGAGAUUGAGGAUGACCAGGAAGGCACAACCGUACAAGAUAGGGUAAAUGAAAGUACGAACCUACAUCCUGUUCCAGCUCAACCUGCAAAGCGUAAGAAAUUGGCAAAGGUUUCUAAUCGCCUAGACGAACUGAUAGCACUAGCUUGUGAACAUCUUCAGAGACCUGAAAAUGAAUUUCUCACAAUGGCUAAAGCUUGGGCCAAUGAUUUAUCUAAAAUGGAUCCUAAACAACUGCUACUUGCAAAGAAGGGAAUAAACGACAUUAUCUUCGAAGGACUUUGUGGAAACCUGCAUCGACAGUCUGUGCAGAUACAUCCCAUCCCGCAAGAAACUCGAUGUUGGACACCAAGUAGUGAUACCUGUGAAUAUGCACCUAGUCCCUAUGGGUCCCAUUCCAACCCACCCAUCAGCAGUACGAUGGGUCAUCACAGUGAUUAUAGAGAUGCUGUACCACAUCUAUACCCAAACAUGGCUGCAAGGAACUAAACACCUAUGUCGCUCAGUUCGGUGAAAGAUAAUUCGGGUAAUCCUGUAGAUGGAACAGUUGAUGCAGGAAAAUAUUUUGGUAACU